CCGUCACUCACACUGACCGUCCAAUGGCGGCGGCGGGGCGGGGUCUGGGCGUCUCGGCUGGAGCUUGUGGCGUCAAAGCGCCCGCCGUGUCCAUGGAGAGAGGCUGAGGCCGCUCGGCCCGAGGCUGCGGGCGCCGGCACCGCGGACAUGUCGGCUUCGUUGGUCCGGGCCACCGUACGGGCUGUGAGCAAGAGGAAGCUGCAGCCCACGCGGGCCGCCCUUACGCUGACACCCUCAGCUGUAAACAAAAUAAAACAGCUUCUUAAAGAUAAGCCUGAACAUGUAGGUGUGAAAGUUGGUGUGCGAACCAGAGGCUGUAAUGGCCUUUCUUAUACCCUGGAGUAUACGAAGACAAAAGGAGAUUCUGAUGAAGAAGUUAUUCAAGAUGGAGUCAGAGUGUUCAUCGAAAAGAAAGCACAGCUAACACUUUUAGGAACAGAAAUGGACUAUGUUGAAGACAAAUUAUCCAGUGAGUUUGUCUUCAAUAACCCAAACAUCAAAGGAACUUGUGGCUGUGGCGAAAGCUUUAAUAUUUGAAACUUCAGGACUCCUGGCUCCAAGCUCUGGGAGAGCUGGAAGCUGCUUUGGAGCUUACUGAAGAAAUCAUGUGACUGUCACGUGCUCGUUAUAAUGUGUGUCCACCUCAUGGGGAAAAAUAAAGUGGUGCAUUUUGAAAAUUGAGCCAGUGUAUUAGAUUCUAGAAGAAUGAUAUUUGUAUUCUCUGGAAGGGGCAGAAAUUGAGAAAUCUUUGGUUUCUUUGGGUCAUUUUUUGGUUCCUUACAGAAAGAAAUCCUGCCCUGUACCUAACUCUGUAGCAUCCUGAGUGUGAGCACCAGUGAACGGCUUGACCAUGUAUCUCCCCCGCAGCUUCUCAGCCAUGUUAUUGGCUCCUAAUUCCACAAGCAGGACAGCUGUGGAAGAAGCCUGCCGCUGCCUGGUUUUCUUCCCCAAUUCGGCAUGGCCUUUUACAUUUGUAUCAAAAAUGUGAUUGUGAGGUCCCUCAUUUGUGUCUGCUUCAACAGCACCAGAAAAAUACUUCCUUGAUCUACAGUGUGCACAAGUUCUGAGUGUCUUAAACCCACCUCCUUUGGCAUUCUGUCUGCUUCAAGAUGGUUUGCUUAGACCUUUCAGUUGAAAGGUCUUUUAAUAAGCAACCAUCCAGCUCACCUCCCUCAAUUCUGUAUGUAAGGAGUUAAGACCCCAGGGAGGCCAAAUGCUUUUGUCACGUCCCUGUGCAAGCUAGGGGAGAGCCAGCACAGUACACAGCUUUCCCUUAUAGGUGACAUCAGUGCUGGUGAGGCAGUCAGUGGAGGUGAACAGUCAUCUGCUUCACAGUCUGGCUUCCUUAUCUGGUCAACAUUUUGAUAGAGUUUCUUUGUAAUUUAUGGAGAUCAUAUUAGUUGUAUUUUGAAUAGGAAAGCCUUAUUUAAAAUCCUUUUGUAUAAAUUGCCAUCUUGUUUCUUUUGGAGUUUGAAACAAUAAUUUCUACUUACAGAUAAGAUACUUUAGCAGCCUAGAAUUACUCUUAGAGCACAGCAUUUAUGGAACAGAACAUGGAGGUCUUUUCUUACAAUUCCAAAUAUAUAUCACCUUUCUGGUUCCUAUUGCUACAUUUUUUUUUAUCACCAGUUUUUUGAGACGGUUUUCCUGUGUAGUAUAAGCAGGCCUUGGACACCUGUUCCUCCUGUCUCAGCUUCCUGAGUGUUGGAAUUAGAGGCUGACUCCAGUUUUUCUUUUAAAAUGGUUUCAGUUUUGUGUACUGGUUUUCUUGUAUUUGACAUCUUAAGUAAUUGAUGAGAUAAUAGUAUUUUGUUGAAAGCUGAUUCUCCUGAUGUAGCUGAGUUCAUUUAUGCUGUUUCCUAAAGUAUCUAGCACAACAAUGCACCAAAAACUAGAAACAGUAGUUUUAUAUAAAUGUUGAUGAGUUUGUGUCCUAAAUAGAAUUGUUGAUAUACCCUUAAUUUGUGCAAUAUUGUAUGUAGAGACUGAGUUAUCAAUUAAAAAAAAUGGCCUCUUGUGAUCAUAAAAA